AGGAAAAGUUGCAGGAAGUUGCCGAGUUACUAUUCAACGAUGCCAUGGAGGAUUUUGAGAAGGACGAAGAGUUGAUGAAUAAGUAUGAAGAAUUACCUGAAAAACAAAAGGAUAUUAUUAAAGCUAGAGGGAAAUCCGCGGCUUCUAAAGUUGCCAGGGAAUACGCCUUGAAUGUCUAUAAAGUUGAUAUCAAAAAACCCUCUCAUUCGAUUCUUGACGCCGAUGAAAUUAUAGACACAACUACGUAA